AUGCGAGUGAGGGGCCGGAUUGAAGCCUCCCUCGCGCCGACAGAGACCAAGCGACCUGUUAUAUUGGACGGCCGCCAUCCGCUGACCAAGUUGUUGGUAGAGAAGGAGCACUGCGCUGCAGGCCACGCAAAUAGAGAGCGCGUGACGAACGACUUGCGUCAGCGCUACUGGAUAAUUCAUAUUAGACCCACAGUACGCGCCGUGGAGAGGAGCUGUGCGUUCUGCAGACGGCGUCGAGCUACGCCACGAACGCCAGCCACAGGAGACCUGCCACGCGCCCGCCUUGACCCUUUCCACCGCCCGUUCACCAACUGCGGAGUGAACUACUUCGGGCCCAUGAUGGUCAAGGUGGGGCGCCGCCGAGAGAAGAGAUGGGGUGCACUCUUCACGUGCCUUACCUGCCGCGCUGUACACCUCGAACUCGUCGCGUCGCUGUCCACCGACUCGGCCAUCAUGGCGCUGAGACGAAUGGCUGCGCGACGAGGCUGGCCUCGACUAAUGUACAGCGACAACGCAACCAACUUCCGUGGGGCCGACCAAGAGCUGCGCAACGCCUACGCCGAGUGGGCGCCUGCCUUGCGAGACGAGGGACUGCUGCAUCGGAUGGAGUGGCGCUUCAUUCCUCCUGGUGCGCCCAACCAAGGCGGUGCUUGGGAGCGUAUGGUACGCUCUGUGAAAACCGCGCUGAGUGUGACGCUCCGCGAGAAGGCGCCGGCAGAGGAAGUGUUGCUGACCCUGCUGACCGAGGCCGAGUUUUCGAUCAACGCUCGACCUCUAACUCAUGUCAGCGUGAACCCAAGCGAUCCGGAAGCGCUGACACCGAACCACUUCCUGUUGGGCUCGUCGGGCGGACUGCCGACGACGGGACCCUGCAACGAAGCCGACCGAAGGACCUGGCGAGUCAGCCAGGCGCUCGCCGACCACUUUUGGAGGAGAUGGGUUCACGAGUAUCUUCCCACUCUGAUCCCACGCGGCGAGCCACGAAACAACGCACGACCCGUACAGACCGGCGACGUAGUCCUCAUCGUCGACAGCACGUUGCCACGUAACACGUGGCCGAUGGGAGUCGUCGAGCGCACGCACAGCGGACCGGACGGCAGCAUCAGAGUCGUCGAGGUGCGGACGAGGACCGGGACUUUCCGACGCCCCGUCGGGAAACUCGUCGUCCUGCUGAAGAAGGAAGAGGCUACGCAGGCUGCGCCGGGGGGAGAGCUGUUACGGACGCCGAGUUGA